AUGGGUGAUUGGUCCUUGCUUGGCCGGCUUCUGACAGAGGUCCAGCACCAUUCCACGGCGAUCGGGAAGGUGUGGCUGACCAUGUUGCUGAUUUUCCGCAUCCUGCUGGUCACGUUGGUGGGGGACGCGGUGUACAGCGACGAGCAGUCCAAGUUCAAGUGCAACACCCUCCAGCCCGGUUGCAACAACGUCUGCUACGACACCUUUGCGCCCAUCUCCCACCUCAGGUUCUGGGUCUUCCAGAUCGUCCUGGUUUCCACCCCGUCCAUCUUCUACAUCGUGUACGUCCUGCACAAAAUAGCGAUAGACGAGAAGAACGAAAUCAAGAGGGGGUUUCCAGACACCUGCGUUCCUGACGAGCGUUUCCUCCCCGAAGACGAAGCCUUGAGCCACAGGACGGACACCACGGAUUCACUGGAUACUCAAUUGGAAUUGCGAGACAGCGACUACGAGGAAGAACAAGUUCGAAGCCAAAAGGAGACCGAUCCCACCCUGCUUUCCAAUAAGGUGUUGACCAUAUAUGUUGUACACGUCAUGUUGAGAUCCCUGAUGGAGAUAGCUUUUCUGCUGGGGCAGUACUACCUGUAUGGGUUCACCGUACCUCAUCUGUUUGUCUGCUGGACCUCACCUUGCCCAAACAAAGUGGACUGCUUUGUGUCCAGGGCCACCGAGAAGACCAUCUUCUUGAACUUCAUGUUCUACGUCAGCCUGGGCUGCCUCCUGCUGAACAUCAUAGAGCUUCACUACUUGGGUUGGGUGUACAUUGCCCGUGUACUGUGCACCGCUUGCUCUCCCUGCUGUGAGAAGAAGAGGUACAAAGAAGCCGUGCGGCGGUACUCACAGCGCAACCCGCUCCUCUUGGAGCUAAAGGAUUCGUUUCAUGCCAAUCUGAUGCUCAAGUCGUCCGCUCAGAUGCUCCCGGAGAAGCACCCACCGAGCCCGGUGGCCAUUUUAUUCGAGUCCGGGUCGGCCGAGUGCACCAAGAAAAUUCCCGAGGAUAAGGAACGGACCCGGUCGAAACACGGAAAUCUGAACAAGUCUGGGAAGAGCAAGAAAGUUUGGCUUUAA